AUGCCCUGCACCUCAAGCAAAGUGGCGCCCCGGCCCUCCUCUAAUGCCCCGCCCACUACCGGCCACAGCCUCCUCCUCCUCUUCCUCCUCCAGUCGCCACCACGUGCGCUGCCUGCCACCUGCUCCCCGCCUCGCCGGAAGACCAUGGCGGUGACUCCGCGCGGCCGGCCGGACUCCAGCCUCGGCCACCGCCGGCCGGUCCUCCUGCUCCUCCUCUUCUUCUGCCUCCUCGCCUUCUUCCCCCGCCGCGUCGCGGCUUUCCACUCAUUCGUGGGGACGUACGGGGUGAACUACGGCCGGAUCGCCGACAACCUGCCGCCGCCGACGGAGGUGGUGAAGCUGCUCCAGAUGGCGCGGAUCAAGAACGUCCGCAUCUUCGACUCGGACCACACCGUGCUGGACGCGUUCCGCAACUCCGGGCUCAACCUCGCCAUCGCCAUCCCGAACGGCCUCGUCAAGGACAUCUCCGCCACCCCGAGCAAGGCCAUGGACUGGGUGAACGAGAACGUGCGGCCCUACUACCCGUCCACGCGCAUCGUGGCCAUCAUCGUGGGCAAUGAGAUCCUGGGCGGGCAGGACACGGGGCUCGCCGAGGCGCUCUUCGGCGCCGUCGUCAACAUCCACGACGCGCUCCGCGCGAUGCGCCUGUCCGGCAGGAUCGAGGUGAACACGCCGCACUCGGAGGCGGUGUUUGGCACCUCGUACCCGCCCUCCGCCGGCACGUUCCGGCCCGACCUCAUGCCGUACCUGAAGCCGCUCCUGGACUUCUUCUCCAAGACGGGCGCGCCCUUCUACGUGAACGCGUACCCGUUCCUGGCCUACAUGAGCGACCCGGAGCACAUCGACGUGAACUACGCGCUGAUGAAGCCCAACGCCGGCAUCCUGGACCAGAAGACCAACCUCCACUACGACAACAUGUUCGAGGCCCAGAUCGACGCCACCUACGCCGCGCUGGAGGCCGCCGGGUACAGCGACAUGGAGGUGCGCGUGUCGGAGACCGGCUGGGCGUCCGCCGGCGAUGCCACGGAGCCCGGCGCCACGCUGGAGAACGCCCGGACCUACAACUUCAACCUGCGGAAGCGGCUGUUCCUGAGGAAGGGAACGCCCUACAGGCCCAAGAGGGUGGUCAAGGCCUUCAUCUUCGCGCUCUUCAACGAGGACCUCAAGACCGGCCCCGGGAGCGAGCGCCACUUCGGGCUCUUCAAGCCCGACGGCAGCGUCUCCCUCGACCUCGGCUUCAAGGGCCUCACCUCGUCGUCCUCCUCCAUCAAGGGGUGGAAGAUCGCGCGGUACUCGGCGACGCUCCUGUCAUCUACAUUCAUUUUCCUAGCAUUAUCGACCUGA